AUGUUUACAUUAGAACUUGAAGGGCGUAAGCAGGUGGUAAGAGAUACGGUGCGUCUACACCGCGCAAACACGAAUGUGUUGCCCGAUUUGUUGCAGGCCGGGCUACCAUGUUAUUCACCGCUGUGGAUGCGUGAGAACUUGACCUCACUUUUUCAAUCUAAGGAGCUUUUGUCUGUGCGGGAAACGGAACCAAGCCAGAAGCUGUCCAACACCAAGGUCAAGCUGCAAGAAUACCUGACGGAACUUAUUAGUUGGGAAAUGCCUAAUUGUUUGAUACACAAUGACCAGUUGGAAGGGAACCUAACCAGGAAGAGCACCGAUGAGGGUCCAGGGUUCCGGUUUUUUGACUUUGACAGCUCUUUCGCAAGCCAUCCUUUGUUUGAUGUGCACUGGUGCAACCGGGAAUUUUUGGAGGUCUAUGCACAGGAAAUGGACAUAGCUGACAUUGAUGGAUUGUAUAGUGUGAUCAACAAAACCUCUUAUCUUUCAGAUCUCGUGCGAGCAUAUAGAUACUUGGACAUGGUUAGGGAAGCGGAAGACGGUGCUCCCCGGGAAGACGCCCUUCAGUGGCUGGAGAAAAGUGUCCGUUACUUGCUGAUGUGA